AAUGGUUGAGGCAUGGAAAAUCAGAACUCUCAUUUGUUUACUUAUCUGUGUCGAACUUUGAACUGCCGUCGCAGACUGCUGCAAGUGCUUAAAUAAUGUAAACACAUCGUGGCUACCAAAGCAAAUGGACUUUCGCAACGCCCGAGCACGGCAACCGGAAAUUGUACGUUCGGUACAAAAGGAUGCACGUUACACAAAUGAGCUCUCCGAGGACUUAUCCGAUAUACUAAGAUUGACUGGACCGCGCAACUGGAUCAAAUAUAAUCAAUUGUGCCAAUUGAUAGCGCAGUUGAGCUAUCAUGGGUUUGCCUCUUUGAACAAUCUGCAAACACUAGGCGAGGAAUAUACAGGCAUUAUACAGGUCGAUGGAGACUAUAAGCAAAUACCCAGUCGAUUGCUGCAAUUGGUUGCAAUAAUACUGGAAUUUGGCGGCGAUGCUUUGUUUCUGCGUGUGCUGCAAAAGCUGGAGCUGCACAUAGCUGCUCAUGAUGAAAUUGUACCAGAUGCUAAGAAGAAGCUGCAAAAGCUUAUACAGUACAUGCGACAGUCGCCAAGUUAUAUCAAGGCGCUGCACAAGUCCCUUUUCUACUUGGACGCCGGCAAGUACCAGCUGUCCAAGCGUACCACAGGCAUAAAUUACGUACUCAUCCGACACUGGCUGCAGCCAGAAUUCUCGCUGUAUGGCUACAAGAUUUUGGGCAUCAUUACAUUCCUACAAGUCACUGUUUCCCUAGCCAUUGGCGGCUGGGAGGCAUGGAAGGAACACAAGCGCCAGCAGUUAGAGGCACUCAAGCAGGCGGCCAAAGGAUUUAUGCAGCGAGAAAAACAAUCAAAGCAGUUGACGGCGAAUGUGCCGCAGUGCAUCCUCUGCCUGGAGCCAAGGCAAAAUGCCAGUCUAACACCUUGUGGUCACCUCUUCUGCUGGAUCUGUAUACUCGACUGGCUGGAGGAACGCGAUGAGUGUCCGCUGUGCCGUGAGUCGCUGAAAAAGUCGCAGGUCAUCCAGCUCCAGAAUUAUGCUUAAGGAUAAAUUUGUAUGCGCUUCUUUUCUAUAGUAAUUUAUUGAAGAACUGAUUGA